ACCAAGGGCCAUGCCGCAAAAUCCCGAGUUAGGGUUUUUGAAUUUCUGCGGAAAUUUGUUCAGAAUGCAAUUGACUCUUGAGUUUGGUGGAGGUUUAGAACUGUUAUGUGAAUCUGUUAAAGUUCAUAAUGUGAAUGUUGAUCUCCCAAAAGGAGCAGAUAAGUUAACCAUGAGAUAUUUACUGUCUUGGGUUCGUACCGAUUUGAUCAAGGAGAGACCUGAAAUGUUCAUGAAAGGGGAGUCUGUGAGACCAGGUGUUCUUGUGCUAGUAAAUGAUUGUGACUGGGAGUUGACUGGUCAGCUUGACACAACCUUGGAAGAGAAGGAUGUGGUAGUUUUUAUUUCAACAUUGCAUGGUGGAUAGUAUCUAGAUGAUUGUUACUAUAUCUUAUAAACAAUCGCGAUGAAGAGGAUAUCAGAGUUUGGCAUAGUUGUAAUGCCUCUGAACUGCAUCGUUCAAGAUAUUAUAUGAAAGUGCAAUGAUAUUUUUGGUGUUUAAGUCUCA